GCAAGCAACUACGGUGGACGUGCGGAAUUAAGUUGUUAAACGAAAACAAUCGAAAACAAUCCUAGUCGCGGAUCUGGUGCUAAGAUUUUCACUAGUUUUACAAAUAUUCUCAAACGGCUCAAGGCUGGGUCGAUAAAACGCAUCACCAAUGUGCGCUUGCUGAAACACGUUAACCUUCACCCUAGAACCGUUACAGAUAGCAGACCACUUCUCCGCAGGUGCUUUACACGUCGGUUACAAAUACAAGAAACUAUGCCAAUCGACACGCGGAAACUGUUCGUUGCCGUGGGCGAGCUGAUGGAUAAGGAGGGAGUGCGCGUAGCGAUCAAGAGCAGCGCCAAGGGGGCCGCCAUCGCCGGAUCGUCCUCGUUCAUCGGGGGGCUGGUGGCCGGCCCGAUCGGGCUCUUCGCUGGCGGUGCAGUCGGUGGCCUGCUGGCUUACGCCAUGACCAACGACCAGUUCAAACCGCUGAGCCAUGUCAUACAGCACGAUCUGAGCGUCCGCGAGCAGGAGCGACUCAAGAAGCUUAUCGUCGAGGCCCUGUCGGAGUUCGACGCCACCGACCUGAUGGUGAUACUGCCGCUGCUGACCGGCAACGUGUCCGCACAGAAAGCCGUCCUUCAGACCGUCGUUUCGUUUGUAACCAACGAUAUGCGAUUGCAGAUUAUUGACUGAAAGUUAAACGCUAUCUGGUGGAAUGAAAUGGUCUCGUUGUGUAAGAUAGACUAUAUAAAUCGGGUCUUUUUUUAUCUGGGAACGCUGCUCUAUGCAAGGUUGUCUUGUAAAUAAUUCUAGGAAAUUGUUCGAAUACAAAAUUUCUUCCAUUGAGGGUGAUUUCAAAUCUCUUA